AGGAUGCCAGGGGUGUGGAGGUUGCUACGUAUGAUGAUCUAUAUGGUGGUUGGCUUGAGGAGCGUCGGUAGCAGCAGCGACAUUUGGCCGCUGGAGAGGCCAGAGGGAAUGCCAGCCAUACAGUCCCUCGAAGUGAUGUGCGGAAAGGAUCACAUGGACGUGCAUCUCUCAUUCUCCCAACCCUUUGAGGGGAUAGUCUCAUCCAAGGGCCAGCACGCUGAUCCGCGAUGCGUUUACGUUCCGCCUUCGACCGGGCAGACUUUCUUCUCCUUUCGGAUAGCAUACGCGAGAUGUGGUACCAAGCCUGACAUGCACGGACAGUUCUACGAGAAUACCGUUGUCGUUCAGUACGACAAAGAUCUGCUGGAGGUCUGGGAUGAGGCCAAGCGAUUACGAUGCGAAUGGUUCAACGAUUACGAGAAAACUGCCUCUAAACCACCAAUGGUCAUCGCUGAUCUCGACGUAAUACAAUUAGAUUUCAGAGGCGACAACGUCGAUUGUUGGAUGGAAAUUCAACACGGCAAGGGACCAUGGGCGCCACCGGUCUCCGGGAUCGUACCAUUGGGCUCGACUCUCACCCUGGUCGUCGCUAUUAACGAUUAUAGAGGUGAGUUCGACAUGCGUGUCAAGUCGUGCGUAGCCUCGGACGGCGGCGGACACACGAUACAGCUGAGCGACGAGUUCGGAUGCGUGCUGAGGCCGAAGAUGAUCAGUCGGUUCCUAAAGGCGCGGGGCUCCGACGAUCGGGCGACCGUCAUCACGUACGCGUUCUUCCACGCGUUCAAGUUCCCGGACGCGUUGAGCGUACACAUCAAGUGCAAGGUGGAGAUCUGUCGUCACGGCUGUUUGGAUCAUUGUCAACUCAGUGGGUCUGUUGGCCAUUACAUUCAAGAACGGAAGGAUCAGAUACGACCGCAAUACUCGCAGACCACAGCGCCGCCCACCAUUCACAGUGACGACAAUAACAGCGCCGAGAAGGACAACGAGAAUGUGGGAGGAGAGGCCGCCGAGCAACCUGAUGGCUCCCUUUACGACGAUAUCAUUCAAGAUGGUGACGAGAUGACCUCUAUAGGGGGUCACUUCUUGGGAGUCGAGAAGUCUGUACCGAAGGCACAGGCGCAGACGAGCAACCGGCUACCAGCGCCGGUGGUCGAGACACAGGACGAAGAGAUUCAUUCGGAUGAUGGCGAUCUCUCGAGACCAUUUUUAGAUCCACCGAGGGUGACGCGAUACGAGAGCGAUCAGGAUCAAUUCCCGCAUGGUCCCCGUAACCUCGAGGGUGACAACGUCGCGAUGCCGGUGACACCUCUCUCGUCUCCGAACGGCAGACGAAAGAGGUCGGUCGUAGUGUCCGAUAGGAAGAUCCGUAGCGCGGACGUAGGUGUGAGCGGUCUAUACGAGGUGAUCUCCGAGGCGGAUCUGGCCUUUAGCCCGGACACACACGCGGAAGCGGUGACGGUCUUCCAAGGUAGAAUACGCGAGGAGGUGGUUUACGGUAUCUGUCUGCCGAUGCCUGGAUUCAGCGCGCUGUUCAUCGUGGUGGCACUGUCCGCGGUGAUCUCCGCGUUGGUCGCCGGCGCGAUGCUGCAUCGGCUACAGGCGCAACGUGAAGCGGUGGACAACCGAAAGAACAAUAGAGCGGUGCACACGACCAACGGUUGGCUACCGUACGGUUUGCUGCGCGUACGAUGCACGGCAAGACCGCCGCAGCCGGCCCAUCCGGAACAGAUUCAACCAAAACAAACAACAACGGUCACCACGAGUCCCACGGUCGAAAGGGGUUGA